AUGGAGUAUAAUGUCAAGAAGCUCCUUGAUAGUACCUGUACCAGUGUCACAAUUAGCUCAAGCUCAAAUUCAACUAAUUAUACAAAUAUUUCAGCACUUGGCACCUCUGCUCCUGCCAGCACUAUGAUCUCAGUGGUUGUCGCUGAUGCAUCAGAACCUGAAUUAGAGAAUGUCUUAUAUGGCAGAAUACCAGAUGUCACUUGCCCGGAGAUUGGCAGUCGACUAGACAUUAAGUCUGAUAAGUUAAUAGAUGCUAUGGUUACAGGUGACAUCGAUUCACCAACCAGUGGUCCAAAUUCAACUGCUAGGCUCCCAGAAAGGAUAAAGUUGAUUAUUGAGGAGAUUGAGAGAGAAGAAACAGCAUGGAGGGAGGAUCUAUAUUCAUCUGACAGAAAGUUUGCAGAAUAUUACAAUGUUUUGGAGCAGAUACUAGGUGUGCUAAUCAAGCUUGUUAAAGAAAUUAAGUUGCAGCAUCAACAUAAAUAUGAUGAACUGCACAAAACUUGGCUUUGCAAAAGGUGUGAGACCAUGAAUGCCAAAUUGAGAGUUCUAGAACACGUCCUGUUGUAUGACACCUAUACUCCAGAAACAAUUGGAGCACUUCACAAGAUAAGGAAGUAUCUGGUCGAUUCUACAGACGAAGCAUCACUUGCGUAUAAUAAAGCGGUUACACGCCUUCGUGAGUAUCAAGGCGUCGAUCCACACUUCGAUUCCAUAGCCAGACAAUAUCAUGAGAUAGUCAAGAAAUUGGAAAAUUUGCGUUGGACCAUUCACCAAGUGGAGAUGGACCUUAACCGAAGCACCUGACCUAUUACCUCCUGGAUUCAGAGCUUAUCGUAUUUAUUCUGUCUUGUAUUACUAUAACCAAUAAUAUUAGAGUAAUAAAUAUCCAUUAUAUUUUGUUUUUGCACAAUUCGUGAGUGGGAAAUGAAUAUAUUUUCUCUUCGAUAGGCAAUCAUUUCUUGUGUAUAAUAACCAAUAAAUGUUGCCUUGAGCAUCUUUUUUCUUUAUCGAUGCUCUACCCA